GUACAGCAAGUAUUGUUAAAGCCCUAAAUCAUGGCGGAGCGCCUUCUCCUCCGACAAAUUAUCCGGCGGUGGCGGGCCGACACCGCUGCACCGAGUUGCAAAAUAAUUUUAACCAAGCUGUUCUACGAACAGAAAUGUUGGUACACCGCAGCCAGCGACGGUGAAAACAAAGUUUAUCAAUGGCUGAUAUUGCCUCCAUUCAACCCCGCCCCCGACGCUUCUUCUAUCGGGAAAAAACUUUACGGCCGGCCGGAAGAAACCAAUGCGACGGCGCUUAAAUGGAUUCUCAAGUGCUGUCCUCAUCUGCCGAGGUCUCUCGUUCAGAAACUCUUUCGCUUAAGACAGGUGCGAAAGGAAUGCUCCAGUGCCGGAUCUAAAGACCAGCGGCCAAGAAGGAUAGGAGCCAAAGAUUUGAUGGACAUUGGUGAUAGGAUAUUCCUUCCCAAAUCUGUUGAUGAUAAGUCUCAUCCAACAAUUGAUGAGAACCAGAGCUUUUCCAGUGAAGAAGAACGGAGAUUUGUUCAAAGCCUCGAGUUGUAUAAGGACUCUGCUAUAAUUGUCAUCAAUAAACCACCUGGAAUGCCUGUUCAGGGUGGCGUUGGGAUAAGGAGAAGUCUAGAUGAGCUGGCUGCCAAGUAUUUGAGAUAUGACUGCAUGGAGCCUCCUCGUCUGGUGCACAGACUUGAUAGAGACAGCAGUGGCAUAUUAGUGAUGGGAAGGACACAGUUGAGCACUACAGUCCUGCAUUCUGUUUUUCGUGAGAAAACCUUUGGAGCUUCAAAUGAUAUUCUUGGCAGUAAAAGAAUUCUUCAUAAGAGGUAUUGGGCUCUAGUUAUUGGAUCUCCAAGACGUCGACAAGGGUCAGUUUCUGUCCCUUUGAUAAAGGUGGUGGUUGACAAUGGAAAAUCUGAGAGAAUUACUGUGGCUGAUAAUAGCAACAGAUUGUCAGGGCAGCAUGCUGUAACAGAUUAUCGAGUCAUAGCAUCUUCACCCAGCGGUUAUACAUGGUUAGAGCUUUCGCCACUUACUGGAAGAAAGCACCAGCUUCGAGUCCAUUGUGCGGAAGUAUUGGGGACACCCAUAGUUGGAGACUACAAGUAUGGCCGACAAGCUCAUAAGAAACUAGGACACUAUCUCGAGUCUGCUUCAGAUCAUCUUAAAGUUGAAAAGGACACUGAGUUGGAAAGUGGAAGCAUAUCAGAUGAACAAUUCUCCCUUCAUCUCCAUUGCAAGGAGAUGGUCGUGCCGGACAUUUCAGUUGUCUUGCAAAAUGGCAACAUAAGUGAUGUAGACUCUGCACGAAUCAGAGAUAUUGUGUUAAGAGCUCCUUUGCCUGCACACAUGCAAAGAAGUUGGGACCUACUGAGUUCGAAUCAUAAUUUCUGAUAGGGUGGAAUAAUAAUGUAUUAUGCUUCCGCCACCAAUCUCUCGUCUCAAGGUAAGAUCAUAUUUCACUAAUAGCCUGUCAACUUACUGAAGAUGAAGUCAGAUAGUAUAUCAUAUACGUACGUUGCAACAGACCGUGAUUGGGGUCAUGGGAGCUAGGUCAAUCUUAAUAAUUUAUAAAUUGUUGUCCAUUGCCACCAAAUAGCUCUAGUUGUGAUGUAAUUGGGAGUAAAUGUCGAUCUUAUUUUGUAAACUUUAUUUUGAUUUGAUAAUGAAAAAUCCAAUAAUAUUGGCGAUCA